AUGCAGAGUAAAGAUAUUCAUCUUGGUUGUGCAAUAGACAAGAAGACUGGUUUGACUGAACAGAUUUGUGUUGCAAAUAAAUUGUAUCAAUCAAUAGCAUUUGAAAUAGCAAGGACAAGUCCGCCAGGGAAACAAUUUCUUGAAUGUAACACUCAAACAAAACAUGCACUGCAAAUAACAAAGGCUUUCCAGAUACCAAAUGUACUGAUAUGUUGA